UUGGGUUAGGGGCAGCAGGAGGCGGGGUGACUCUGGGCCCCGCCCCGGAGGGCCGUUGAGAAAGUUUGCUAUCAGAUCCUCUGGGGCAGAGUCUGGGUGAGCGAGUUCAGGGGAAAGCGACAAGGUCCGGUUGCUGAGUGAGGUGGUUGGACGACCCGGGAGGAAAGCCUAAGGCCAGGAGCCGCGACCUCCGGAGCCCCUAGACUGGAGUCUUAGCAAGGACACCGCAGGAUGCAGCCAGCCCAGUUGCGCCUUGCAAACCCAGAUCCUAUUCUCUACACUUUUGCUGGAUCCAGGUUUGCACGCCUCCCGGAACCCACCACCACCAUCCCAAUUGUCCCCUGAAAUGAACGUUCCUGGAGCGCCCUCUGGUGGACUGUUGGGGUGACCAUCUGUCUUUAGGAAGUCAUGGCAACGCAUGCGCAGGCCCACCAUCCCAUCUUAGGAAAUGAUACUCUCCGGAAACAUUACGAUUACGUGGGGAAGCUGAAAGGCAGGCAGGACCCCCCUGAUGAUGGUCCCCCUAUCACCACCAUCCUCUUCUUGGUCACCUGUAGCUUCAUCGUCUUGGAGAACCUGAUGGUUUUGAUUGCCAUCUGGAAAAACAACAAAUUUCACAACCGCAUGUACUUUUUCAUUGGCAACUUGGCUCUGUGCGACCUGCUGUCCGGCAUAGCCUACAAGGUCAACAUCCUGAUGUCCGGCAGGAAAACGUUCAGCCUGUCUCCCACAGUGUGGUUCCUAAGGGAGGGCAGUAUGUUCGUGGCCCUCGGUGCGUCCACUUGCAGCUUACUAGCUAUUGCCAUUGAGCGGCACCUGACCAUGAUCAAGAUGAGGCCCUAUGAUGCCAACAAGAAACACCGGGUGUUCCUUCUGAUUGGCAUGUGCUGGCUGAUUGCCUUCUCGCUGGGCGCCCUGCCCAUCCUGGGCUGGAACUGCCUGGAGAACUUUCCCGAUUGUUCUACCAUCUUGCCUCUCUACUCCAAGAAGUAUAUUGCCUUCCUCAUCAGCAUCUUCACAGCCAUUCUAGUGACCAUAGUCAUUCUGUACGCCCGCAUCUACUUCCUGGUCAAGUCCAGCAGCCGAAGGGUGGCCAACCACAACUCGGAGAGGUCCAUGGCUCUGCUACGCACUGUAGUGAUCGUGGUGAGUGUGUUCAUCGCCUGCUGGUCCCCUCUUUUCAUCCUCUUCCUCAUUGAUGUGGCCUGCAGGGUGAAGGAGUGCUCCAUCCUGUUCAAGAGUCAGUGGUUCAUCAUGCUGGCUGUCCUCAACUCUGCCAUGAAUCCUGUCAUCUACACUCUGGCCAGCAAAGAGAUGCGCCGUGCCUUCUUCCGGCUGGUGUGUAGCUGUCUAGUCAGGGGCAAGGGGACCCAGGCUUCGCCCAUGCAGCCUACUCUUGACCCUAGCAGAAGUAAAUCAAGCUCCAGUAACAACAGCAGCCAUUCUCCAAAGGUCAAGGGAGACACGCCCCACAUGGCCAUCACUUCCUGCAUCACGGACAGAAACAGACCGCUUCAGAAUGGGGUCCUUUGCAAGUGACCAUCCUCAAGGCCAACUCUGCAGUCAAACGUAUUUACUGCAUGCAUUACUUCCGUGUGGGCUCUUAGAGACCUUGACUUUGGAGGUCUGCUUGUCGUGGCCACAGUGUGGGCAUCUCCUGAGGAGAGGACCUGAGGAAUCAUCCGUGCAUGUCAGCCUGGACAUGGACGUGCCUUAUCUGUUGCAGGCUCCAUCCUUCUGAAUGUACCAAGCUGCUGACAUCAUCUACUGCCUUUGGAUGCCGCUCUCCCUGGUCCAGAGAGAGGGCAGGUGGCAAUGUGCUAUGCACAGUGCAUCUUGGGAUGAUGUCUUGUUAUUUUCACACUACAUUUAUUUUUCGUAGAUUCAUAUUUUCAUGGGUGCUCAUGUAUGUGUUUGUCUAUGUCUGUGUUGCAUAGGAUGUGUACACCAGGUUUUCCCAGAUGGAGCCCGCCUGAAGUGUCAGUCCUCCACACGUCCGUCAUGUAACUGUUUCUCCAAACCUGCCUCCACUGAUGUGCCAGGUUCAAGGUCAGCACGUGCUGAGGUGCUGUGCCCUCCCCAGUCCUCUGGCACUGGCGUUCUAGCUACAGUGAUGAAACGUUACUAAAGCUCAGUAUUCUUAAAACCCUUUCCCCAAGAGAAGCUCAGAGGUGUUCCUCUUACCCUCACAGUCCUGUGUCCCUCUCUCGUGUCCCAUGCAUAAGCUUAAACACAACUGAAAGCCAAAUUAUGUGAUAAUUUGGGGGCAUUUCUGAAAAAUGACAGAAAAGCCAGCCAGGAUAUCUCAGACUCCUGGUAGACCACUAAAGAAGGAGCCCAUGAGGAAGAGGUGCUUUCCACCCUGGUUCUCCUUUGCAAGGGACUGGAUUUCCAGCAGUGAGGUUUACAAGACAGUCCUUCGGCUGUGUGAUGCUGAGUUCAAUUCUGCAUAGAAAAGCUAGAUGCCAAGCGCCCCCUUUGCUGUCACUGGCAAGGAGCUAGAGCUGUCAGCAAAGUUUCUCAACUCCUUCAACAUGGGUCCUGACCAGGGCCAUUCAGUGAGAGGACUCCGCCAGGCUAGGAGGUGUGAUGUGGUCUUUGUGCAUUCUUCGGAGAACCAUCACCAUUCUGUAACGAUAGACGCUCCCAUCACUUGGACCUGCAUUCCUUCAUCCACCUUGUAAAGGCAGUGCUCAGAAGGCACCUCAGAACCACCACUCCCCAAGGACUCCAACCACCACAUGACACGCAGAUGGAAAGUGGAUGUGUCUGAGGGCGGGGCUGGCCAGCACCCAUGAUCCCAGAGAAGCCUUCAAAAGGACUCUCACUGGCGGAACCUCGUGUCAGAGGUCCCCAUAAGUUGAUCAACAUUAGAGACCAUUGCCUUGUGAACCCUGAAAGGACAGCCUUUACACACCAGGGACCUUUUAAAAGCUGAUUUUACUCUUGGUUGCCUGAUGGCAUUUGCUCUUGCUUAGGGAUUUUUUUGUGUGGUUCCUAGGUAACCAUGGACUGAUUGGCUAAAGAGUUUCGUUCAAGUCACUCCUGGUGGAUAUUGAGUUUGGCCAAGAUGUUCUGGUGGGUGUCACGCUGCUCUCCUCUAUACAUCACUGAAAAAAUACCUUAUUUUCUUGUCACACAGCACUGACAAAACCCAAGGCAUUUCUGGGAAAGCAUGAAGGUGCUGGGUUAAGGAAAACAAACCAAACAGCAAACAACAAGCAAAGAAGAAAAGCAACAGACCAGCGUGUAGGAAAGUUGAGGUGGAAACCAAAGGGCUUGAGGACAUGCUCUUUCAUAGCUGGGAUGCUUUGAAGCCACGGACCUGGGUCACUAAUAUCAAUAACACAUGUCGCAUGACCCUGCCUUGUGAUAUUCUCCUAUGUCUGUUUUCCUUCUGCAGCCCUUGCAGGGAGCCAUGCCCCCUGUUUCCACUAGGAGGCAACAACAUUUGUAGCAUGACAGACUUUGAAGCAACUGAAGUUAAAAAUACACUAAAAUCUAAUUGCACUCACUUGAUGUACCCAAAACUGAUCGAUCACCUGUGAUGCUGGUGUGCAUUGCUUUCCUAGCUAGCCACCUGUGUAGCAUUUAGACAUUACCUGUGUCCAAGCCCUCACCCUGAUGGUCAGAAACAAGUGUCCUGACACCAGGGAACUUGGGACCCACCCAGGGCUGUGAGCAACCUUUACUACUUACAGUUUAUGUUUAUUAAUAAUAAAUAAAACUAAAAGAUUUCAUAUGAAACCCA